CCAGUUAAUGCAAAAGAGCAAAGGGAGAAAAUAGCAAGGUCAGAACAAAAAGCAAUAUUUUGACAAAAACGUAAAGGUUGUUAACAAACUUUAUCUUUCUUGCCUUCAUUUGAUGUCGUAUUAUCCCGCAACAACAAUGUCGUCUCUUUCUCACCAAAUGGAACCCUCCCUAAACCCUAACCCUAACCCUCCUCUACCGCCGUCCGAUGAAGUUCCGAAUCGGUCUAAACGUCCACGUGAGGAAUACGCGGCUGCCGCGGCGACGGAUGAGGCAGAGCCGCCAGUGAAGAAGAGGGUUAAGGUUGGGCAAGAUGUAGUGUACCGUAUAGUCGUACCGUCGAGACAGAUCGGCAAAGUUAUUGGUAAAGGAGGACACCGUAUUCAGAAGAUUCGUGAAGAUACUAAAGCUACCAUCAAAGUUGCUGAUGCUAUCGCUCGUCAUGAAGAGCGAGUAAUCAUCAUUAGCUCCAAAGACAAUGACAAUACGUUUUGUGAUGCGGAGAAUGCCCUUCAUCAAAUUGUGUCACUUAUUUUGAAGGAUGAUGAUGCCAACCAUGAUGCACAGAAAGUUGGUGCUGGACAUGUGGCAGCAAACACAAUAAGGUUCUUGAUUGCUGGUUCUCAAGCAGGUGGUUUGAUAGGAGUGUCUGGUCAAAAUAUUGAAACUUUGAGGAAUUCUUCUGGAGCUGCUAUUACAGUUCUUGCUCAACAUCAGUUGCCUUUGUGUGCAUCUGCUCAUGAGUCCGAUCGUGUAGUACAGGUAGCAGGAGACAUUCCUGCGGUCUUGAGGGCUGUGGUAGAAAUUGGCUGUCAAUUGAGGGAUAAUCCCCCUAAACAAGUAAUUUCGAUCAGCCCGACAUACAAUCAUGGUUAUUCUCGCCCUCAACCAUAUGUGGAUCCAUCUUCAGCUGAAUAUGUAAAUCUGACAAUGUUAGUUCCCGAAUCAUUAGCUGGUGGAUUGAUUGGAAGGUGCGGCUCCAAUAUUUCAAGGAUCCGUGCAGAGUCCGGAGCGACAAUUAAGGUACAUGGUGGGAAGGGUGAACAGAAACAAAGACAAAUCCAUCUGGGUGGUAGUGCACAACAGGUCGCUCUUGCAAAGCAAAGAGUUGAUGAAUAUGUCUAUUCCCAGUUGAUGUUACAAGCUGGUGGUGAGCAGCUACAGGAUACAAUGCAGCUACAGCAGUCAAUGCAGCUACAGCAGUCAAUGCACCUGCAGCAGUCAAUGCAGCUACAACAGUCAAUGCACCUGCAGCAACAAAUACCAGAAACAUCUGCCACUCUGUUGCCAGGAUAUAAUCAUGGUCAUGGACAUUAUAUGAACAGUAACCAAGAAGCUCAAAUGAUGACAUCAUACCCACAAGUGUACCCAUCGACCACUCCUCAAGCUCCCGCUUACUAUGGUCAGUCUUAUCCAGCUCCACAAAUGUAGAGGGCAAAAGGGGUCUAUUUGGUACAGUUUUUCAGUCAGAUGAUUGAUAUACAAAGUGUUGAGAAUUUCUUGUUGUGUCAUUGUUUUGAUUUCUGAUAUAAUGUCGCAUUGGAGAUGGUCGGUUUUCGGCCAGUAUGUCUCUUGUUGAUCAGUUGCAACAUAGUUUGCAUGAGAUCACUUAAUUCACGGGAUAUUGAUGCAAAAGUUAAUGCUUAAAGUUUUAUGAUCAACGAAUCUAGUAUGCACCUCUGGGAGCGGCAGAUCUACUGAAAGGAGCUUAUAAUAGCAGUUCCAGUGAAGAACAGAAACAGGGAUGUGGGUAUGCAUUGCACGUCAGACGCAGUCACCUCCCAUUGAACUGAUAUCUGAAGAACUUUAAAAACAUUUCUUGCGAAUGAUUUAGAAAUGAGAUGAUCUGGAAUGGUGGAUCAGGGAGUGCUGAUGGAGAAGCAGAGCUCGGGUGAACUGGCUGUAGCAGCAAAAGAUUGGACCCUAGCUCAUCGGUUCAAUUUAUUUCUUUUUGGCGCCCAAACCAUUUCAAAUCCCAUCACCACACUUGCUCCCUACCCCAUGCCCUAGAGUUUUCCCUACCCGCCCAUCCUGUGCAGCUCCAUCAUGAUUAUAAUUCCCCACCAGCCCUGCCCCGCAUUGCCCCCGUGUGCGUCUCCCGUAGGAUUCACUGCCGUAUCACGUGUGUCGCCCUUAGGAUUCACUGCCGUAUCACGUGUGUGUCUCCCUUAGGAUUCACUGCCAUAUCUUUGACUUAUUUAUCUUUUGAUUUUUUAUUAGGUAGAAGCUGCUUGACACAUUGUGGCUCGAUCUCUUACAAAGCAUGAGUGUGGCCGGAUGUGUUUGUAGUAAGCAUGAUAUACAAGUCUUAUUAAUCCUGGUCGAACUGAAUCCCAUAAUGGCAAGGUGAUGAUUUUCUGGUGAUGUUGCCCAAAAUUAUGGAAUAAUUGUAAAGACGCCUUUUUUAGAUUUCUCAUGCAAAUGAGGAAGUUGGCAAAAAUGACAACAGAAAUAAAUUGAUUUGAUUGGAAA